AACCACCUCGCCCACCGCAUCUGCCUAGUCCCGCACAUCGAUUCCAACAACACCUUCCAUUUUGAGCCCAUUUCCCGUCACCUCAGAGAUGGCGACAACCCCAUCCACGUCGGCCGCCCCACAAAUAGACCAGCUGUAAACGCCCGAUUCACCAACAAAAUUUCCUUUGAUUCAAAAGUACUCUCUCGCUUCCAUGCAGAGAUCUGGUCAGAUAAUGGCAAGUUCUACAUUAAGGACACCAAAUCGUCAUCAGGCACUUUCCUCAAUGAUCGCCGCCUAAGCCCUGCAGGCUCUGAGAGCGCACCACAUCAGCUUAAACAUGGCGAUAUCGUACAGUUUGGCGUCAAUUAUAAGGGCGGUACGGAGGAUAUCUGGAAAUCCGUCAAGAUAAGGAUUGAAGUCGGACGCGAUCUACAA